CUCAAACAUUCGGUUGACCGGUAGUCAUUUGCGAUAAGGACAAUGAACGGAACGGAUUAGCAGCAGGUGAUUUCUGGUUUUGUGUGGUCCUAGUUUUACACAUUUGCGUCGUCGUUUGGACAAAUUUUCAAACUUGCUGAAUCAUGAUCAAUCUAAUCUCGGUAUGGAUUCUGUCGAUGAUUGCGCUCUCGUGGGCCGUCGAAGAUAGUUUAUUCAUUUCCGGUUUUGAGAAGAAGGCUCCGAUGCUUGGCUGCCACAAACGCGUGUUCACCUAUCGUAUAUCGCAGGCGGAUAGCAAAGGGCGCGAAUGUUGGGACCACGUGAGCGUGUGGUCUUGUCAUGGACGUUGCGAUUCGAACGAGAUUUCCGAUUGGCGUUUUCCGUACAAACGGUCCCACCAUCCGGUGUGUAUGCACGCUGGAAGAACGCGAUCUGUGGCCACUCUGAGGCAUUGCCAUCCGGAAGCUGAUGCAGAAGCUAAACUCUACGAGUAUAUGGAACCGAAAUCGUGCAGCUGUCAGACGUGCACCAGCAUGGAUACUAGCUGUGAGGGUCCAAAGCAGCUUAGCACCGAUGCGGCAACGAAGAUUUUUCAAAUCGAUGAUGAGGAAAUCGAAUCCGAAUACGCUUAGAACUGAUUGCAUUGCUGUGUGAUACUUAAGUGAAGUUUGCAAUGGUGGCCAUAAUUUAUUUAUUUAUCUUAGUGCUUUUAUGUGAAUAAAAAUAAUGAAAACCAAA